AUGAUGGAGCAACUGAUUGCAAGCGCCAUGGACGUAGGGCAGGCGGGGUUAAGCCUUGAUGAAGAAGGCGCGGGCUCCUUUCCAAUCCAUGAGCUGCCUGCGGAUGUUGUUCGUAUCAUCCUGAAGAUGAUUGCGUUCAGGGAUCGCUUGGCACUGGAAAUGGUGAGCAAGGGUCACAGGGACGUGCUUCGAGAUCUGGAACCCUGGCAUGCAGUCAACCUGCGGGUCAUGAGUGCAACAGAUGUAAGUGAGAGCCAGUUUGUGAAAGUCCUCGCGCAAAUCCAGCCAGGCUUUGACAAAGCUUUGCCCCAGAUUGAAUCCAUGGCCGCAGUAUUUGACAGUUUUGCGCAGGCUCACCGUGAAAGAAGACAGCGCCCUUGGUCACCAAUCUACAAAGAUGUGUACUUGGAGGCCAGGAUUGCCUCAAUUGUGAGAGCGGCUGGUUUUCCAUACCAGCAAAAGUUUCUCGAGAAGCAUUUGGAGCGGUCGCUGAGCAGUUCAAAACGUGUGCUCGAGGCCUGCACCAUUCUCGCAGCAGAGAAUGUUGACUGGCUGAAGGAGAUGGGGCGCAAGGUUUCUGAAGUUGUCUUUCCUCCCUUCAUUGAGACCGCAGCAGCACAAAUUGAGAGCUCAAUGCGAGAGAGAGUGUGUGUCUGGCUCAAUGUAUCUGGAGCAAAGAUGUUGUCGCCCUCUUUCUUAGCAGCAAGCGUCAUUGUGCUUUCCGCAGCAGGGUAUAGAGUUGACUUAAGGAUGAACAGGGUAGAUGAUCCACCUUUUCCCAUGCACCACACGGAUAUUUUGCGAGCUCUGACAGGAGGAGACUGCACGUUCCGUGUGAAUCUAGCGAUAUCAGAUACGUGGUCUGCCUUUAGAUACGGCUUGGAUGAUCUUACUGUCCCCUCAGAAGGGCCCGUAGUUGCAGAGCAAAGACGCGCCUUCCAGAGCCCUCUAGCCCGAGUUCUAGCAAAUGCCAGCUCUUUGACCUACUCAGAGUAUUCCCUGAUGUCCCACGAUCCCCACGAAAAGCACUCAAAAGCCCUCUACAACAACUUCCUUAGCAAGGUCCUGACGAUAGCGCACCUCAAGAAUGCGGCUGGAAAUGUCCUUGGCUGUUGGGAGCAAACGUACCAUCUGAAGGAUGAAAGCAAGGUUGUCACUGAGAUGCUCGUCACAAAAAGGGGCUCUGAAAUUGCAGAGUUCUUGCGGAGGCGCCCUGAGCUCUGUCUGAGGUUGUUGGAUUGCGACAGGUUUAGCUCGGAUCCCCUCUCAACAGUCUGCGAGGCGAUUGGUGGGAGCGGUGUCUUCCAUGUGUCUUUCCAGGCUCCCAAAGUGGAUUUCUGGGGACAUGAUUGGAGGGAGGACAUCUUUGGUUCAGUGGCCCUGCAAACGAGCGCAGCCCUUCAGGUUCUCGAAGUCGACUUCCGCCUUUCUCCCCAGAACUUCGAUUCAAUAGCACAUUUCCUUAGCCAGAAUCAGCAUGGCGCCCAGGUCUGUAUCCACUUGCGGGCAUCCUUCUAUAGGGGAAGGCAGCAAGAAGCCAAGGCCGUUCUCGCCAAACUUGCCGAGAUGCGCCUUUCAGAGUGGGGUAGUCGUUUGACAAUUGUACAACACCGAGCUGGAUUGCUUGGAGCAGUUGAAUCCGAGGGGGGCUCGAGCGAGACGGGGCUGUCUCUGGCACCGAUUCAACAGUUGUUGGCAAGUGCACGAAGGGGGGAGCUGCUGGCCAAGGGUUUAGAGUGGAUCAACUUCUUGGCGCGCUUGCUGCUGGCAAUCGGCUUCUCUCUCUACACUCUUUUGGAGCCAUCUGCAUUCAGGCGGCUGCUUGGGAUGGGCGACGUUACAGGGAAAGCGGGACAAAAAAUCCCCUCUGGGAGAAUCCCCUCUGGGAUUCUCCUGUACAGCUGCCUGACAUUUGUUCCGUGGUGGGUCGCCUGGUUCUUGUUCAAGAUCUUCAUCCUCUACGUGCUGCUUUGUUUCGCCAUAAAGCGACUGCCAAAGUGGUCAAGGCGGGAGAUGAAGUCAUUGAAGGCUGUCACAGUAACAGAGGAUCCGUUCUUUGCUGCUGUGGAGGACGCCAGGUCAGUCUUCAACAGCACAGGGCGGACACCAAGUCCGAACUAUAUUUGGUUAGGCGGCAUAUACCACGAUCUUGAGACCGGCAAGGAAGAGUAAAUAGGAGUCGAUUACUGGACAUUGGUACAGGCUCUAGAUCGGCA